CCAGCAUUCCUUUUCACUCUGGUUCUUCCACUCCUCUCCAACUCGCCAUUUUGUGUAUGUUGCAAUAAUUAGUUUGUUUGUUUGUGUGAGUAUUGUGUAUAGCCCUAUUUUUCAUUAGUAAGGGUCCUCCUGUGUGUGUGUGUGUGUGUGGGGGGGGGGGGGGCAUCAGCCCAGCCCAGCUGCCCAUAUAGCAGACAGUUCCUUAGAAAAAUGACAUAAUACACUCGAUCUUGAGCAGCGUCCCGUAAACACCCCCCCCUAGUGUCGCUUCGCAGUACUUUAGAUGACAGACGGCAGGGGAAGCGAAGGGAUCCAUCUUGCCAGACAGGAGGCGAGGUAGCCCGCCUUUGAGUUGUACCUCCAAACAGCUUCGUAUUCCUCAUUCUCAUCCUGGAGAGCCGAGGGGCGCCGUGUCUCCGGCUGUAGGAUGUCCCGACAUGAGGGUGUGAGCUGCGAUGCAUGUUUGAAAGGGAACUUCCGGGGGAGACGCUUCAAGUGUCUGAUCUGCUACGACUACGACCUGUGUGCUUCAUGCUACGAGGGCGGUGCUACGACCACCAGGCACACCGCAGAGCACCCCAUGCAGUGCAUACUCACCAGGGUAGACUACGACCUGUAUUACGGAGGGGACAACUUCUCUGUGGAGCAGCCCCAGUCCUUCACCUGUCCCUACUGCGGGAGGAUGGGCUACACCGAGACCUCCCUGCAGGAGCACGUCUCCUCUGAGCACGCAGAAACCUCCACCGAAGUGAUCUGCCCCAUAUGUGCAGCGUUGCCAGGAGGGGACCCCAACCAUGUGACCGAUGACUUCACCGCCCAUCUCACUCUGGAGCACAGGGCGCCCAGAGAUGUGGACGAGUCCAGUAGCGUGCGGCACGUGCGGCGGAUGUUCCACCCGGGCCGCGGGCUGGGCGGGCCCCGGGCGCGGCGCACCAACAUGCACUUUACCAGCGGCUCCACGGGGGGCCUGUCCUCCUCCACCUCCUCGCAGAGCUCCACCUACACCCCCAGCAACCGGGAGGCCAUGGACCCCAUCGCAGAGCUGCUGUCCCAGCUGUCGGGCGUGCGGCGUGCGGCAGGCGGGCAGAUCAACGCGGCGGGGCCCUCAGCCUCCCAACUGCAGCAGCUCCAGAUGCAGCUGCAGCUGGAGCGGCAGCAGGCGCAGGCCGCGCGGCAGCAGCUGGAGGCGGGCGGGCCGCGCCACGCCGCGCGCCGCGGCAACCACAACAACAACCACCACGGCGGCGGCGGCGGCGGCGGGCACCACCACAACCCGGGCAGCAUCGGCUCGGCCGCCGCCACCGCCCUGCCCAACCCGCCGCACCCGGCCGCCGCCUCCGCCGCCAUCCUCACCCACGACCACGCCCCCGGGGAGAGCAACCACAACGCCAACUGCCACGGCGCCUCCCAGUUCUUGUUAGCACGGUUAUGCGAGCCCAAGCAGUGCGAGGCGGAGCGGCAGCGGGCGGAGGCGGAGCGCGCCGACCACAGCCUCUUCGUCCAGGAGCUGCUGCUGUCCACGCUGAUGCACGACGGCUCCUCCUCCUCCUCUUCCUCCUCCUCGGGGGGGGAGGAGGAGGAGGGGGGCCGCAGAGACUUUGCCGGCUUCGGCGCCAUGGGCUGCGUGGACGUCAUGCCGCUGGACGUGGCGCUGGAGCGCCUGGAGCUGCGGGAGCGCGGCCUGCGCGCCGCCUCCGUGGGGGCGGAGCCUCCGCCGCGGCCUCUUUGAUGUCGCCCGCGCGGCGGCGGGCAGACUGUGUCCUCUGUGCUGCCACUGCCAGUGACGGGAGGAGGAGCGAGUGGCAGAUUGUUUGAGUUUUAGUUCCUAUGUUUUGGUUGUUGUUUUUUUCCGGUUGGGUUUGUGUUUGGUUCUGUGUUGUUUUUCUUUCUUGGAUGGUUUUUCUGUAUUUAUUUUUUUUUCUCCAGGAGGGGGCGUUAUUUUUUGACGGUGAGAACGAGAAACGGCAGUUUUGGAGUGUGGAAAGAACUGUCGGGGCGUUAUGGGGGGAGGGAGAAUUGGGCCAAUGUACGAAUCGAAUGGAAACACGAUAAUCAAUCCCCACAGGGCUUUUAUUUUGGAGGCCGGGUGACUUGUCAGACCUGCGCUUCCUGUGACAAUGCAAAACAGGAAUGCUCGCGCAUCCCCCGGCGCGAGGGGGGAACGGUUCCCUGGGCGGAAGCUGCUCUAUGUAUUUAUCACUCCUAAUUAAUAAGUGCUCGGAGGGUCUACCUUUUCACCGCAUGCAGUUAUUCACAGCUUACAGGUGACAUUAGAUGUCAUCGAAAUGGAAAAAUUACCGGAAGCUUUCAACUGUUUUUCUUUUUUUUUCUGUUUUUAUUCAUGGCUAUGGAUAAGACGCUGUUACUAAACGCGCAAGCUGAAAAGUGCACUCGUGGAGAAACAUGUGUGGGGUGUUAUUUUUGUGUCAUCCACGACGAAACACAACAAUGUGGAUCAUCCGCGGUGACUGUCUCCGGUCUCUGUGUGUGUGCGACGCUUCUCUGUGGUGACUCUUCGUGUUGACGGUUCAAAGACAAACGGUGGGAUAUGUCCGCGUACGGUUUGUAACGUCGCUAUAAAGCAAGCGCACAAUCUUCUGUAAGUUUGCGCCGAUGCACUCUUCCACGACGGCACGGUGCGCACACACCCCCUACCCCUCACCCCUUCCCCAUCCACAUAUUAAGGAUAUUUUUUUGUUUUUUUAAUAGAUUUUUUUUAUUAACUUGUAGAAUGGAGAGGUUUGACUCCCACUUGCUAAGGAUGGCACUUUCUAUUUAUUCAGUUUGUCGUCUCAAUCUGUUGAAGCCUUGACCCGAGCCACGCCACCUCCAUGCCUAUACGAUUACCCUAAAAAGAAAAAAAAAUGAAGUACACUAAGUUGUAUAAUACAUCUUUGCAUUAACUUUCAUAACAGUUCUAAGAUGGGGGAGGGAGAGGAGGGGACUUUUCUAACUUGUAAAUUUAGAAUAAAAUAAACAAACAAAGCCUUUGAGGAAAACAUAAACCCGUUAUGUUUUUUCCGUUAUUAUUUAUUUUACUGGUUUGUGUUGGGUUUGGCUGAUAGACAUUAAACCGUACCAAAUAUGAAUUAUCGAUCCGGGCGUGUUGGUGAUUAUCUUGUAGUGACGUCACAAGUGGGAUCGUCCACGGUCCACCCAGAGAUGUGUGACGGAUAGAUAAACCUACCACGUGGACUGUACCAACUGCAUUCAUCAUACGUCCGAGAGGAGGCCCCCACUUCUGAUGUCACUACGGUAUAUUUUGAACUGCUUUAUAUAACCCGAAACACAGCUGCUGUGCGUAUAAAUGCUAGAUAAUGCUAUAUUAGAUGUGAUCAGAAAGCGAGUGGAAAAAUACUGUUCUGCUCCAUCCUGGCUCCGUUAAAAAAAUGACUGAUCUUGUUUUUUUUGGCCAUGAAGUUCCAAAUCGUUGUACUUUUGGAUUAAUUGCCAAUCAACAGUGGACCUUGUUUUAUAAUGGAGUCCCUUUAAACGUCAACACACACCUCUCCGACCACAUUCCGUCACUGGCCGGACCACCAGACAUGUGGUUGAGUGCCACCUAUACGUCAACCACUAACAUAUAACGCUUGACUUCUAAAAAGACACUGCAGACUUCCUCGUGUUUGUAUACUUCUGUGUUUUGCAUGAUUUCAUUAUCCGUAACGGCCUGUUAUCAUGGCUAUACUCUGAUACUUUCAAAAAGCCCUACCCUAAUUGGGGCUUAUUUUGUUCAGAUUAAGAUCGUUUCCAUAGGGGUCCCAAUCUAUUAGAUCAGCCGUCUCACUUACCGCACUUGUGUUCCAGUCGGCGAACCACCAUGGAAGAAUAUUACGGGGACGUAAUAAGGUAAAGUGAUUGUAGAUGCGCACAGCGUUUUGUAAGACAUACCACCUUUAUUAAAUGCACAGUAUUACAAGGAACAUUUCCAUUAAUUGCGGAUAAGCUACUCACAUUUUGCACAAAGCAUAGAAUUGAUUGAUAGAAUUUGUUGAUAUUAAAGCAGAAGUGUUAGAUCUGCCAAUAGAGUGCACACACAGACACACACUUUUGCGCACUUGUGUGCACACACGCACACACAUACAUACACACUCAGGGUCAGUACCCACUCGCACACAUUCGUACAUUGUAGAUUUUUUUUGUUUGUUAUUCACAUAGUAAUUAAAACUUUAAUCUGCACAGAAAUUAAAACUUAUUCUGAAUAUUUACAAAGAAAUAAGUGAUCGUCCCCCAACCGCCCCCUUAAAGAUAAAUUACAUUCAAAAAAGGUCCCAACCCUGCUAGAUUACAUUCAAAAUAAUAUUACCAUUCAUGAUGCAAAGUCACAGUUAUUCAUCUUGAAGAGGAUCACGCUAGGCUACAAAGGUCAGAGGUGGCUGACCCUUGACCUUCCAGACAGUGACCACGUGUCUCUCGAGACGUCAGUCGGGCGAGAGGAGAAGAUCCUGACGUUUUUUGUUUUUCAAAAUUGAUCCGGAGCCUAGGGUCAUUUUUUUUUUUUACGCAGAUAGAAGGUAUGUCCAAAAAUAAAUCUUCAUAAAAACUCCUCGUUACGCUCGGGAGAAAAGAGAGGAAAAUUCGAAUUAUUUUUGUAGAGAAAAAACAGAAAGAAGAAACGAUUCAAAGAAAGUCCUUGGUGAAAGAAAACGGAUUGUAUUGUCACUGUUGUUAUGAACAAGCACAAUGAAUUAUACAAUAUCGCACAAAUAAAACUGUAUUUACAUAUAGUAUGUAUUGCCGGUGGCCCAUAACACAUUUUCUUCAGUUGAUGUCACAGUUUUUAACAUGAUACCUGUUUCAAACAGAAUAUACUAUUAAAGAUAGCCUAAUAUUCAUAGACAAAUAUAAG